AUGUUUAAUACCAUCUAUCAGAUGAUUCUGCUUUUUGUUCUGCUGGGAGGAUUCUUGAUGCCUGGGGUGCGACAAGUCAGUGGGGUUCAGAUUUACACUGCGGCUGAGGUGGAAGCAGUCAACGGGACGGACGUGACAUUGAAGUGCACUUUCAGUUCUAGUUAUCCGGUGUCUCGUCAGUCUGUAUCAGUGAUCUGGGACUUCCAACCCCUGAAUCCAGGACGUGAUGAGAAUGUGUUCUUCUACCUCGAGUCGCCGUAUCCUCCAACUGAAGGGCGUUUCAGGAAUCGUGUAGUGUGGUCAGGGGAUGUUAUGGAAAAAGACGCCUCCAUCACCCUGCGGCAGGUGUCCCCAACCUUUAAUGGCACCUACACCUGCCAGGUACGCAACAUACCAGACGUACACGGCAGAAAAGGAGAGGUCGUCCUCAGAGUCGUCAGCAAGACCGCAAGUUUGUACCCAUAUGACUUGCUCAUGGCUAUUAUAUUAAUGGCUGGUGCAGGGGUGUGA